AUGGCUUCGAGGUUUCAGCGCGACUCGCGCAAUGCUCUUUUCUCUUCCUAUGACGCCCAGACUCGAUCUCGGCCUUCCUCUGCUGCUCCAGGGUCUGCUCCUCGGCCUACUUCGCGCAACCAGCCAUACUCUACAAGUCAUGCCAACAACAGUUCUCCAUACUCACCAGGGGGUUAUGGCGAUGAUUCAGGGCAGCUGAACGCUCAAUCUUCUUCGGGUCCGGGCUUCAGUGCAUAUCCAGGCAGCAAUGGUGAUGUAGCGGGUAGGAGGAGCGGCGACGGCGGUUUCAGACCGGCUACACCGAACAAGAAGGGCCAAUAUAGCGAUGCUGUCAUUGACGAGCUAGAGAGCCAGAAUGACGAUCAGGUCGGCGAGAUGAGCAAGAAGGUGCGGAUGUUGAAGGAUCUUACAGUAGCAAUCGGCGACGAGAUACGAGACAGCACAGCAUUUGCGGAGAAGAUGAAUGAUGGCUUUGAGAGUACACGAAACCGAUUACGAGGGACGAUGAACAGAAUGUUACGCAUGGCUGAGCGCACGGGUGUGGGCUGGAGAAUAUGGCUCGGCUUUUUCGUUUUUAUCUUUGUGUUGUUCGCAUACGUGUGGCUCUUCUAG